CUUCACUAAUGGAGUCUCAAGAGCCAACCGUAAUGCAAAGCAAGAGUAUUGCUUUAAAAUACCCAAUGAGCAAAGAACUAACAGAGGUGAGAAAAACAGAGGAACAGAUCGAGCAACAAUCCAGAGAGAUCAAUGCUCAGUUAUUCGAGAAUGCUUAUUUUGAGAAGUUUGAGGACAUGUUUAUAUCAGGGGAACAAUCAGAGAUAGCUUUGUUUCUUGAUGAUUACUGAAACUCCAAACUAACUCAAACAAUUUCCAAAAUAAAGAUAUCUGUGAUCUCUCACAUCCAUUUGUUUAGAACUAACUUUGGAAAUAAGCAUUUCAGAAACUUUGUUAACAAAUCUACUCCAACUGCUGCAGAGAACUUUAAUAUAUUAAAUAUGGAAAGAAUGAAGAAUCUGAAAUAUCUUAAUUAGCUCCUCAGUCCUUGUGCAGUCAAGGCAAAUAAUUUGCCAUAAAUGGUUUCAAAAAUAUCAACAUAAAGCAGAUGAAGAGACUGUUUGUAUCAUUCAAGCAUAGCUAUUCUUUUUGGAUAACUAAUGCUACAUUCUCUCUCCCAAGUGACCUUGACUUUUCAGAAUGACUCAGAGGAAAAACUCUCAAAACCCUUAAAAUUUCAAUCAGAGAUAAUUCCAGCCAGGAUGAUAAGGAUGAAAGCUUCCAUAAGCUUGAAAGCCUUGUUUCAGGGUUGGCUAAGUCGUCUGAUCUUAAGAAGAGCCUCUAUUCAAUGUGCAUUGUAAGUUUGGCACAUUCUUCUCAACUCUGUGCGAAGCUACUGGCUAAAUACGGGUUUG